AUGACGGCUCACCAUGCGCUGUUGCUCGGCAGCCUUGUCGAUGAUGUUGAUCUCUCCGUGCGGCGCGGGGCCCAGGCAGACACGCUCACGGUGGACGGUGCAGCAGAUCGCCUGCUCUCCGCUAUUGCCAGCUACACGAAGUCUGCUGCAGCCACAGACGUCGAUGUAGAGGACAAUGGUGAGGCGGCGCAAGAAACGGCCGCCCUCUCUCUCAUGGCGCACAUGCAGCGACUCUCGCUGCUGUGCAAUGCAGCACGAACCCCCGAGACGAGCUGCACGAGCGCAGGCGAAGACAACAUCCACAAAUGCGUGGAUGACUGGGCGAAGUGGCUCCUGGGCCUCGAGUCGAAGCCGAUCGUGCUCGCAAGCAAAGUAGCUCUCUGCCUGCCUCCCCUCCAGGCGUGUUGGCGAGGUGGCUCUGCUCUUGAUGGUGCCGGCAGCGCACACAUUGAUCGAAUCGAAGAGGCGAUCGGUAGUUUCUUUGCCCACGCGGCGCGUAGGUGCGUGACGGAGUGGACAACGCAUGGCGCACCUCUCCGCACGUUGCUGCCCCCGCUGGCGUUGCUGACCACCUACGCGCGAUUCCGGUGGGCAUGGAGUCGCUUCACAGAACUCAGGCACGUUGGCGGCGGCGAGCAUCUUGGUGAGGCGGAGGGCGGUAUAGCGGUUGUAGGGUCCUCAGACACGGUGCAAAGGCAAGAGAACAGAGAUAUCGAUUUUCUCGGUAUCGCGGGUGAAGUAGAGUCCUGCCACGCCGCCAAGCUCACGCGCGAGGUGCUUCUGCAUUCCUUAAAAACCAUCGAUUGGCGAGUGGGUAGCGCCGUGCCGGCUGUGAAGGAGGUCGCGCCGCUUUUUUGGUGCGUGUUCUUGCGCUGCCGGAGCUAUGCUCUGCACAGUUGCUCACAGUGUCGCUCCUCUUCCUCUGAUUUUUUCGCCCACGAGGCGUCUGCGCGCCUGGUUGCACAGGUGCUACGAUGCACGGUCGACGGCGUCCGCCUUUGCAUUGAGAGGCAGGCAGCUGACAUGCAUGUAGCUCGUGCGAGGCAGCUGUGCACCUGCGACAUACCGUGUCUUGUGCUGCUGACGCGGCUUUGGUUUUCGUGGAUCGCGUUAGCCACUGAUGCGGCGGCAGUGCUUUUACCACGCCUAGAGCGCUCGCUGCGGCAGCUAGUCUCCUCGGUCGUGAAGCUGCGCGGUGGAGCGGAGACGAAACCGCCUCCAUCGAGUGUGGCGGCCGCACUGGCAGAAAACAGUGCCGAGGCGAGCUGGACAGAACAAGAGACGCUUUUUGUGGAAGUCGCGUGGAAGGUGGCUCCAUUGUCUAUGUCCGAGAUCGCGUCCGCCACGGCAGCGGUGCCGUGGACCAGUGAGUUUGUCCGUGCCAGUGAAGUACAAGCGGUCCUUGAAAAGCGAACCCUUGUCGCGCCGGUCCCGUAA